AUGAGCGCGGCUCAGCCGAACGAAGCGGAGAAGAACAUCGAGAUAUGGAAGGUGAAGAAACUCAUCAAGCGGCUUGAGGCCGCUAGAGGAAACGGAACCUCCAUGAUCUCUCUUAUCAUUCCCCCCAAGGACCAGAUUUCUAGAGCAGCAAAGAUGUUGGCGGAAGAGUUUGGCACUGCGUCCAAUAUCAAGUCUCGUGUCAACCGUCUUUCCGUCCUUUCCGCUAUCACUUCGACACAGCAACGUCUCAAGCUCUACAAUAAGGUGCCUCCGAACGGUCUAGUGGUUUAUUGCGGUGAAAUUAUCACCUCUGAAGGAAAGGAGCGCAAGAUCAACAUCGAUUUCGAGCCUUUCAAGCCAAUCAACACCUCGUUGUAUCUCUGUGACAACAAGUUCCACACUGAGGCUCUCAGUGAACUUCUUGAAUCCGAUCAGAAGUUUGGUUUCAUCGUCAUGGAUGGAAACGGUGCUCUGUUCGGUACCCUGAGCGGCAACACCAGAGAAAUUCUACAGAAGUUGAGCGUUGAUCUGCCCAAAAAGCACGGCCGUGGUGGUCAAUCAGCAUUGCGUUUCGCUCGUCUUCGUGAGGAGAAGCGCCACAACUACGUACGCAAGAUUGCUGAGUUGGCUGUUCAGAACUACAUCACCAACGACAAGGUCAAUGUUGCAGGAUUGAUCUUGGCCGGUUCUGCCGAUUUCAAGAACGACUUGAACCAGUCCGAUAUGUUCGACCAGAGAUUGCAGGCUAAGGUUAUCAAGGUUGUCGACGUCUCUUAUGGUGGCGAGAACGGUUUUAACCAGGCUAUCGAACUGGCAUCUGAGACCUUGAGCAACGUUAAAUUCGUUCAGGAGAAGAAGCUUAUCGGAAAGUACUUCGAAGAAAUCAGUCAGGAUACUGGAAAGGUCUGCUAUGGUAUUGACGAUACAUUGAAGGCUUUGGAGCUUGGUGCGGCCGAGACACUGAUCGUUUAUGAGAACCUUGACGUCACUCGGCACGUUCUCAAGAGCUCCAGCGGUUCGGACGUCGUUAUCCACACUACCAAGUCACAGGAAGAGAAUCGGGAACUCUUCAUGGACAAGGAGACAGGCACUGAGAUGGAAGUUAGCGAGCAGCAGUCGUUCCUUGAGUGGCUUGCUGAAAGCUACAAGGACUUUGGAGCAACCCUGGAGUUCGUUUCCGACAAGUCCAGUGAAGGAAACCAGUUUGUUAAGGGUUUCGGUGGUAUCGGAGCCAUCCUUCGGUACAAGGUCAACUUUGAACAGCUUGCUGACUACGAUGACGAGGAUGAAUUCUACGACGAGAGCGAGGAUGAACGGCCAGAAGUUUCCAGUUCGGACCUUCUGACGGCUCGCCCCGUGAUUCGUGAUGGCGGCUCUCCCGGCAACAUGGCCGCAAUGGUACACACCGUGCCGUUGCCCAGUCAAUAUCCUAUGAAGCUGCUUAGAACAGGGCCAUCCAAGCUCCGUACCAUGUUCACUGAGGUUAUGUAG